AUGUCCCCGUCCGUCAACGCGCGCGCACCCGGACCCGCGCGGACGAACCCGGCGAACCCUCUCGGCGGUGGCGGUAUGCCCACGGUGCAGCAACCCUCGCGCGUCAUCGCGAGUCAGGCGCCGUUCACCGGCGGAUACACCGGCAACAGGCUCGGCAGAGACGAGCGCUCGCCCAGCGCCCGCACUCCAAAGAGUCCGAGGAGGCCGAAGAAGGCGGGGAUAUCGCUGGGCGCGGUGGCGCUCUGGGCGCUAGUCGCGGUCGUCGUCGCGAUGAGCACGAGCGUGCGCACCGUGACCAUCGUCCGAGGCGACGGAGUCAGGGCGUCGGAGAAGGCUGCCAAGUUGCUCGCGGAGCGCGUCUCCGUCGUGGGCGACUCGGUGGAUGCCAUGGCCGCGGCGCUCGACGCGAGGGGUCCGUCCACCGCCAAGAGGGACAGGGAGACGGCGGCGCUGAGGAAGGAUCUGGACACACUCGUGAAGCAGGUCAAGGCGCAGGACGCGACGAUCGCCAAGGUGAAGAAGCAGAGAGGGGGAGGAGGUGCGGAGCGCGCCGCGGCGGCGCCGGCGGAGGUGGUCGACCACGGCAAGGACAUCGCCGCGCUGCGGAGGGAGGUUGAGAAGCUCGCGAAACAGAAAGCCCCGACGCCCGCGCCCGCGCCCGCGGAGGUGGGCAAGGCGGAGCUGCUCGAGCUCCGCCGUGAGUUGCUGAAGGAGAUCGCCGGCGUCGCGAGCCAGGCGGCGGCGGCGCAAGUUAACAACGGCGCGCCCGAGGUUCCCGAACGGGUCACCGCCGAGCUCGACGAGCUGCGCAAACGGCUGGAUGCGCUGGCUUCUAUCCCGUACCCCGUGCCGGAUGAAUCCAAGGCUGACAAGACUGACAUCGAGGAUCUCCGGCGGGAGAUCGGGAAGCUCGCUAACGAGGCAAAAGGCACCAGGCGACACUCCAAGGCGAGCAAGGAGGUUGCCGACGAGGUCCGGGCGCAGAUGGAGCUGUUCCGCGCGGACAGGACGGGUCUCGUGGACUACGCCAUGUUCAGCGGCGGUGGUAAGGUCGUGGGUCAUUCCGCUCUCGCCUCCGCGGUGGCCAAGGGCGACGGUCCGCUGACAAACGCGCUGAAGGGCCUGCGGGGAGGGGUGCACCCCAGGGCGGACGAGUGGGUCAUAUCCGCUUCAUCAGAGGCUGCGGGCGAGUGCCUCGCCCUGGAGGGUACCCGCGGGUGGGUGGACCUUCGGCUGCGGGAGGCCAUCGUCGUGAAGGCGGUGACGGUUGAACACGUGCACAGGGACGUCGCUUAUGACAUAACGAGCGCGCCAAAGUCGGUGAAGAUCCUCGGGUGGAACAACACCAAGAGUCCGGGUGCGGGCGCCAGGGUUUUGGGCUCAAUCAGGUACCAGCUCCUGGACGGCCAGGGAGGUAGCGCGAUGCAGACGUUCGAGCUCGGCGGCGCGCCCGGAACUGCGGUGGACCACGUGCGGUUCGAGGUUGAGUCCAAUUAUGGGAACAAGGACUGGACGUGUCUGUACAGGCUGAGGGUGCAUGGCAAACCGUCAGUUCCUCCCUCGGAACCGAUAUGGGAUUAA